AAAUCUCCUUCCUUCUUCUUCUGCUUUGUUUCGAAAUUCCUUUAAAGUUUUAUGGAUUUGAGAUCAUUGCUCAAAGUUUUGAUGGUGGAUGAUAUGUUUCCUCAAAGUCUCAAUCUGGAGCACCUUUCUGGAUGCCUCAAUUUCACUCAUUCCCUUCACAUAAAAUAAUGUUCUGGAAUCUCCUUGUUUGCCUUCUUCUUCUGGGGCCUCUCUUCAGACUUUUCAUCUCAUAUUCUUUCCUGGUGUUUCUUUGCAGGCUAAUGGACGUGGUUUUGUUUAAUCUCAAAAAAUGGAAAAAUAAGAAAAAAAAAAACUGCAU